GUGCGGCGGCGGACGAGGGCCGCGUUCGGGCGUGUUCGCCGUGGCCGGAGGUCGUGCCGGAGUUCGUGCCGCUCAGCGUCGGAGCUGAGGAGAGCGGCGGGCUGCGUGCGCCCGGGCAUGGCCGGCCCAUCCGUCCCGCUGCGAUUUUAGUUACUGGAACUCGCACGGCAACGGGUUACAUAAGCGAGCGGCGUUCCAGUUCAACGUCGGUCCGAUCCUACGCUUUCGGUCACUUAACGUGGCGGUACUUAACGCGCUGUGGGAGCUGAUCGAGGCCACUUCCUCUGCGGCUCUCCGGUCGUUCUGGAAGCCUCCGGUGCCGGGGCUGGAAGGGGAGUGUUGGUCUGGGACAGUGCCGGGGGUGCCUGGGCAGAGAUGUGAGCACAGGGACCUGGGCAGUGCGGGGCUGCGGGGUGCUGUGCCUGUCUCGGGGCCACCUGGCAGACCAGCAGAGCUCCUUCCUUGGAACAGUGCUUGCUUUGCUUGCUGUUCAUGGUCGGUGCUUCAGCAAGAGAAAUGGAGCGUGCUGUCCCUUGGUGAACGUUGGUUGCUCAUGGGCGGGCUGUUUGUGUUACUCCUCGGAGGUGAGGAACCUGAGGCAGGAUGGGCUGUGUUGGGUUGCAGGGCUCUCACUAGUGGGGAAGCAGUGAGAAGUGGUGCACAGAGCUCGGCAAAGUGCUGAGAGUGCAGUAGAAAUGGUGCUGCAAACAAAAAGCUUCGGUCAGGGCUGUGAUGGGGAGACCAGCUGCUCGUCUGGCAGCCUGGGUGCUCUGAGAGUUAGCUGGAGUUGGGCUGCAGGUGGAGGAGUGCUGUGGUGCCACGCUCAGCUGCCUACCAGUGUCUGCUCACACCUGGGCUGUGCUGAGCUGUGUGGGACUGUCCAUCCCACCUGCUGUUGUCCUGUCUGCAGGAGCUGCAACAAUGUUGGCCCUGUCCUGAUCAGUGGCUCCGGCCUCUGCUGUUGCACCUGGUGACAGGAACAAAAGGCUGUGCAGUGUGGAUUAAGUGGAAAUAAUCCCAGCAGGCUUGUAUACAAAGAAGCAAUGGAAAGGAAAGCUUCAGCUUAGGCAUUUUUGGAGGAUGCUAUCAGUCUCAAUACGCCAGUGCACGUGUCUGCAUCUUGCCACUGGUGUUUGUGCCUGGUGCGUUGGAUUUUACUCCCUACCCCAGACCAUGCAUGAGGCUUUCUGCAGAGUUCUUGGACAACACAAGGAUGAGAACUUCAGGAACAAGCAGCAAAUCCCAGGAAUGAACAAACCUCUGAUGCCCUGGAGCUGCUGUUACAUGAAGCGAUGUCUGGCACGCUGAGCCCCUCUGGGCUGGAAGUGGAGUUGAAUGACCUGGCACGUGAUCCUCCAGCACAGUGUUCAGCAGGGCCUGUUGGUGAUGACAUGUUCCAUUGGCAAGCUACAAUAAUGGGACCAAAUGACAGUCCCUAUCAAGGUGGAGUAUUUUUCUUGACAAUUCACUUCCCAACAGAUUAUCCCUUCAAACCACCUAAGGUUGCAUUUACAACAAGAAUCUAUCAUCCAAAUAUUAACAGUAAUGGCAGCAUUUGUCUUGAUAUUCUACGAUCACAGUGGUCCCCAGCACUAACUAUUUCAAAAGUACUUUUGUCCAUCUGUUCUCUGUUGUGUGAUCCCAAUCCAGAUGAUCCUUUAGUGCCUGAGAUUGCACGGAUCUACAAAACAGAUAGAGAAAAGUACAACAGAAUAGCUCGGGAAUGGACUCAGAAGUAUGCGAUGUAAUUAAAGAAAUUAUUGGAUAACCUCUACAAAUAAAGAUAGGGGAACUCUGAAAGAGAAAGUCCUUUUGAUUUCCAUUUGACUGCUUUCUAUGAGCCCACGCCUCAUCUUCCCCUGUGCACAUGUUUACCUGAUACAGCAGUGCUGCGUGUUGUACAUACUUGGAACAACAAAAUAGAAAUACUGUAUUUCCCCGUACCAACAUUGACUCCUAGCAGAGAAGUGUGUGUGUGAAAAGCUGGUUCUUCAGUCAUAACUUUGUGAGCCUAAAAGCAUUCCUUGUUCGUUUAAAUUGGGUAAUAAAAUGUGAAUGGGAGAGUUACGGUGGAUUUAAUAUUUCUGGGGGCAGAGUUGUUGAUCCAUGAAGGAUUUUAAGUGGAAUCCUUUUAAACUCAUAACAGUUAUGAAAAACAAGGUGAAGAACUUGAAGCCGUUUCUGUAUUCAUUUUAUUCUGAAGGACCUACACCUUAGGUAAAUGUUCUGACCAAUGAAUUGAACCGUGCCCACAUCCUGUGCUGAAGGUCUGAGUUUAACUGGUCAACAUUUAAAUGGAUCGGAGCUAUUAGUGCAUCAAGUGAUGUUGAUUUGUUUCAACUCUCUCCCCUCCUUCAUGCUCUUUUUGGUUUGUAUGUGGUUUCUCAGUUAAUACAUAGCUAAUAGCUCUUAUUUUUCUUAAGUUUUUUAACUGCUUAGGUCUUUCUGGAUGUAAGGGUAAAAAUCCAUUUGACAGAAAACUUGUGUAUAUUUAAAAACCCAACUGCUCCCCUGGAGCUUGUACGUUCAAGAAUGAUUAAUCUGUGUAAUAAACUGAUUACUACAGUCAUUACAUAUAACUUUGUGUGAAUAGGCUUUUAAUUAUUAAGAGCAGUUUGUUACAGGCUGAAACUAACGAUGGAUUUCUCUAGAACUCCUGCAUUCACAAACGGUUGCAUUUGAAAAUCAUGAAGCAGUUUGGUUUGCAUCACACAAGGCUAUGCACCCGAAUGAGGCAGACGUGAGCUGGAGCUCUCACACCAGAGCAGGAUGUGUAUUGUGCCAGGAACCUGACUGUUAAAACCAAAUAAGCAGCUUACUUAAAGAGAAUCAGUGACAUUUUACAGAGCCUAAUGGUAUUAUUCCCACUUGCAUGGGACCUAACACAAUGCAUAUGUACUGUAGGUAAAUGAAACCUUAUGUAAUUAAGAUAAUGGAUGUAAAAGGGUAUUAAAAAAAAAAAAAAAAACAAACUACCAAACACAUCAGCACAAACUUUCAUAAAAUGUAGCUUUUACAUAAUUACUUUGCACUAAACAUUUGCAAAUGUUCAUACACUUUUAAAUUGUA